GAUUCUACUGUGUAAUGUUGGCAUUGAGGUACUCGACUCUUCCGCGGACGCUGGGUGUGACGCGCCAGUAUGAGUCGACUGCUGCUGCUGCUGUUUUGAGAGGCUAUGGCCAAGAAAACGUCUCGAGGAGGACCAAUGCUGGUCGGUUGACCCCAAGAACACAAACGCGAUUCCUCACGAAAAGCAUUGAAAGCAGCAAGGGAGAUCGCGAACGUGUCGUUGUACUAGGUUCUGGUAAGUGUCUUUUUCUGCUGUCUGAUUGCUGGUACUGUAUCUCACCUCUACCGCANGGCUGGGCUGGCUACACACUUGCCCGCGACCUCGACCCCAAGAAAUAUCAAGUUGUCGUCGUAUCACCUCGCUCCUACUUCGUCUUCACUCCUCUCCUCGCCUCAACCUCUACCGGAACCCUCGAGUUUCGCACAGCUCUCGAACCCGUCCGCUCCCGUCGCACCAAAGUAGAGUUCUUCCAAGGCUGGGCUGAUUCGGUGGAUUUCGCAACCAAGACACUGAAAGUAGAGGAAGCUGUCGAGAAUCCAUGGCAGGCUAUGGCUUUGACGGCCGAUGGCCGCGAAGAUCAGAAUGCCAAUCAAGUGGAGCAAGAGAAGGGUGCAAAAGCCAAAAAGGGCAAGAUGUUCGAGAUGAACUAUGACAAGUUGGUUGUAUCAGUCGGCUGCUACAGUCAAACAUUUGGAACCCCUGGUGUCAAGGAAAACGCAUAUUUCCUGAAGGACGUUGGCGAUGCCAGAAAGAUCCGCAACAGAAUGCUUUCGUGCUUCGAAACAGCUUCCCUCCCCACCACCAGCGAACAAAUGAAAAAGCAACUCCUCAACUUUGCCGUCGUGGGAGGAGGUCCCACCGGCAUCGAAUUCUCCGCCGAACUCCACGAUCUCAUCAGCGAAGACAUGGCAAAAAUCUACCCGGAACUCAUGCAAUACUACAAAAUCACGGUUUACGAUGUUGCGGAAAAGGUGUUGAGCAUGUUUGACGACAAGCUUGCCAAAUACGCCAUUGAUAGGUUUGCCAGAGAGGGCAUUGAUGUCAAGACUUCGCAUCAUGUUAAGUCGCUGCGUAGAGGUGCGCCGAAGAAACUCAAGGAAGAGGGUGGUGAGCAAGUCGUCAAAGAUGACUCGAGUUGUUACACGCUCGACCUCAAGGAAGAAGGCGAAGUAGGCGUGGGUAUGGUGGUCUGGAGCACAGGACUAAUGAUGAAUCCCUUCAUCUCAAAGUCACUCGCGAGACCUUACACCAUACCCAUCUCCAGCGCUGCUGUCGAGACAUCUUCAGACGCAAAGAGCUGGGCGAUUGCGACUCAUCCUCGUAGUGGUGGUAUCAUGACCAACGACCGCCUCCGCGUAAUCAUGCAACCCUCCACCUCAACAGCAAAAAGAAAACGACAACAA